AUGCUGACUGUGUUUUGUGGGACGGAUGUCCUGACGGAUUUUGUGAUCAUGUUGAUGCCUGUGCCGAUCAUUUGGAAGUUGAAGAUGUCGGUUAAGAAGAAGAUUGGGGUCACGAGUGUGUUCAUGGUUGGUAUAUUCACGAUCGGCGCAGGAGUUGCGAGAACAUAUAUCUAUCUCGUGACGUCCUAUGAUAAAGAGGAUAACCUUGAUUUCAUUGCCGACUUCACGCUGUUUAUCCUGUGGUCGGAAAUCGAGGUCAAUGUGGCUAUGAUUGUCUGCUGCAUGCCAGUCUUUGGACCUGUUCUUGGUAAAUGUCGCGACACUCUGUACCGUCGUUUUGAUCGGUCAAAGGAUGGCGAGCUCGGUCUCCUUGGACAUUCGACAUCGGAAUCGACAAAUGAUGGCAAGACACAUGUCGCCAGUUUCAGAGCUUCGAACAGAUCCUAUCCACAUUAUGAGCAGGGUUGCUGCGAAGCAAAACUCGAUGUUCAUGGUGGAUAA